UAAUAUAAUUAUGUGUAUUUUAUUAGUGCAAAGAAUAAUUAAAAAAGUGAAUUAGAGUGAAUAGUGAAAUAGUUGUAUUAGUUGAAACAAUUAAAAUUUGGCAUGGAUCGUAUAUUGUCAAAUGAAAUUUGUGCAAAAAGGACAGAUACUCUCGGGCCGUACACUCUUCCAAUACAAUUUCCAUUAAUACGUUGUCCCUACAUCGAAAAUUGCGGACGAUGUGAAAAUGUCAAAACUUGCAUUUCAUUUCCACAUAGUCAUUCGUCAUUACUCGAGGGUAUUUCAUCUGCAUCUUAUACUGGAAUAACGGAGAGUUUAGGAACUUUAUAUCGACCGGCACCAUUACGUCCCGUACCGAGAGCAUCUAUUUCAUCUUCUUCGACGGUAGUCUCUUCAGAAACAAACACACGAAGAAAAAGGUCCUGGUCCAGAGCAGUUUUUAGUUCUUUACAACGAAAAGGUUUAGAAAGAAGAUUCUCUCUACAGAAAUACAUUACGAAACCAGAUAGGAGACAAUUGGCAGCAACUUUAGGUCUAACCGAUGCACAGGUCAAGGUUUGGUUUCAAAAUCGUCGCAUGAAGUGGCGACAUACAAGAGAAAACGAAAACGCUGCGAAAUUGGCUGGUCCAGAUUCUACGCAAAAAGAUCUUCCGCAAAAAUUAGUUAAAUCCAUUACUAAUGAUACGACGCGACAAGAUGAAGAUGAUAUAGAAAUUGACGUAGAUUUAUGAAAACAUCACAUAUAUAUAACGAAAAACUAUAUUUUCAAUAAAAUUAUAUUU